AUGGUUGUUCCGGACACCAGCGCGCCAUCUUCCUCGCAGUCUGCCCACAGGCUCCCCACUUUCUCCGCUUCUCAAGCCCUGCGCACUCUCAGAAUCAGUGGACCUCGCGCCAUCUCAACCGGCCUCAAGCAGCUCGAUGCCCUGUUCCAGCCUCGCACCGCCACCCCGGUACAAGGCGGGCUCAGCCGGGGCCAGGUGACAGAAGUUUACGGUCCUCCGGGUUCGGGCAAGACUGCCCUUGGGCGAGUACAUUGUACUCCACCACUGGCGUUUGUUGCUGACCAUGCAACAGAUGCGGCCAAGGAUGUACCCAAGACACGUCUAGAGACACUGCUGUCUGCUCCACCGUCUGCCGCCCCCGAAGGACCGAGCUCUUCAAUUGACGAGACCCUCUCUGCUGCUGAUAUGCUCCCGCGAUUUCACCAUUAUUCUACGCCAACUUUAGCCCACCUGCUUGCGUUGGUGGCACAUCCAGUUACGGCUUUCCCUCCAGAAGGAACCUGGCUGGUCGUCAUUGACUCCGUGUCCACUCUGUUCGACCACGCUUAUCCGAGGACCGGUGCUGCCAAAGGAAAUAAAAAUGAUAACACGAAAUGGGCAGCGGGUCGGAGGUAUGCUGUGAUGAGUAGUCUAGUGUCUACACUAGGCAAGAUCGCAGCCGUACGCGACAUUCCGGUUUUGCUUACGAACCAAGUGGUGACUCGGUUUCGAGAAGAGUCUAAUGCAUUGCUGGUGCCGGCCAUGGCAGGUCUUGAAUGGGACAAUGGUAUCGCGACGCGACUGGUGAUUUUCCAAGAUUGGCCUCCAGAUCCGGGGAGACUGGCUGGUAUGGACGAUGAGAAGAGGGAAAAAAUCAGAUACAUUGGCGUUGUGAAAGUUGGCGGGAUAGGGCUGAACGAAGGCGACGGGCUGGGCGCUGUGAUUCCAUUCAUCAUUGAACCUUCUGGACUCUCCGACGUCGAUCUGAGAACAGCCGAGGUACCGCUUCAGACAUUAACGUCACCCGUUCGACCGUCUACCAGAAGGCCUAAUGAAGUCCCCGACUCGGAGGAAGAGCUCAGUUCAGAUGAGAUGUACGGCUGGGGCGAAGAUGACGAGCUCGCAGCCGAAGGCCUUCUAAUUGAUGAAGCUGCCCUUGCCGCUGAACGCUCCGAUGAAAGACCAGACCAGCCGCCACAAAAGAAGACCAGGACGGAAGAACCAGCUCGGGUGCUCUCUCCUAGGCAAGAGUGA